AUGCUCGGAAGCUGGAACGUUUUGAGCUCGAGCUUUCAAGUUGGCUUCCUACGACUGCUGCUCUCACUUCACAGAGCAAAUGUCGGAUUUAGACUCUUUGCAGCCGUCCUGCAGAGGUUGCACCUCCCCUCCCGUUGUGAUGCCAUUUCGACGCGCCAAACCUCGCACCUGAUGCGCCACCAAUCAAUUCUCCGGGCUCUGCUGGUCAUCUCGCUCGGAUUCUUCCACUCUCUUGCACAACGACCUCCAGCGAAACGCAACCAUGAUACGCACGACUACUAUGUUGUAGAACAUCGACCUUCGACUGGAGUUCCCCUCGACGAAGUAACGCGGCAUCUGGGGGUAGAAUUGGUGGAUCGAGUGGGCGAGUUGGACGACAUAUGGCUGGUUCGAGCGCCCAAAGAUCCGUUCGCGACGUCACAGGAGCUGGAGAGAAGGGAUGACGAGGUGAUAGUACCACGGGGUGGAGACAAAGUUCUGGACAGCUAUCGGCGUUUGCGAGCAAGCGCGCUCGACGGAGGACUUUCCCCCCGGUCAGAAGAUUCACACCUACACCCAGACCAAGCCGCAAAACUCUACACGUCCAUCUCGCAUCUCGAAAAGCAAGAGCUUCAUGAGCUCGAUCACCGCGCGCCCCCGCCCAUCCGCCGGCCGCCCACCAUCGACUCUGUCAUCAACAAAUUCAACGUCGAAGACCCACUGUUUCCUCGGCAAUGGCAUCUUGUGAACGAGCGGUACCCGGAAAAUAUGAUGAAUGUCACGCCGGUCUGGGAUAUGGGCUACACGGGCAAGGGUAUACUCACCGCGCUUAUCGACGACGGAUUGGACUACACAGCAGCUGAUCUAGCCGAGAAAUUCGAUGCAGAAAACUCCUACGACUUCAACGAUCACGUCCCUCUACCUUAUCCCAAGUUGGAAUGGCAGCAUCACGGCACCCGCUGUGCCGGCCAAAUCGCUGCCUCUAAAAAUAACGUCUGUGGUGUCGGCAUUGCUUACGACUCCAGAGUGUCUGGUCUACGUAUCCUGGGUGGAAGGAUCACCACCGUCGACCAAGCCACUGCCCUCAACUACGGCUUCCAAAAUGUCCACAUCUACUCAUGUUCGUGGGGGCCUCGAGAUGAUGGCACGAAAAUGCAGGCACCGCGGUAUAUCGUCCGCAAGGCUUUCUUGAACGGGGUCAACAAGGGUCGAGGAGGGAAAGGGAGCAUUUAUGUGUUUGCUAGCGGGAAUGGAGGCAGAAGUGGUGACCAGUGCAACUUCGAUGGGUACACGAAUAGUAUCUACUCUGUUACUGUGGGGUCGGUGGAUUACAAGGGUCUACAUCCGACGUACUCGGAGACGUGUACCGCCAAUAUGAUUGUGGCCUACAGCUCUGGAAGCGGUGAGCAUAUCGUCACCACAGAUAGAGGCCAAAACGAAUGUGCUUUCAGUCAUGGAGGAACGUCAGCAGCUGCACCGAACGCGGCAGGCGUGAUCGCUCUGGCCUUGCAAGCUCGACCUGAACUCACCUGGCGAGACGUCCAACACCUCUGCGUCGAGACCGCUCGCCGAAUCAACCCACACGACCGUGACUGGGACCGUACCGCGGCCGGACGCUACUACAGCAACAAAUACGGCUUUGGCGUCAUCGACGGCUCUCUCUACGUCCAGCGGGCGCUCACCUGGAAGCUCGUCGACCCCCAAGCAUGGCUUCAAUCUCCCACAAUCCAGAUCGACGGUGGGAGGAUGGACGAGGAGCUCGAGUUUGAUGGAGGACGGUGGAUUGGCCCUGGUGGUGUCAACAGCACCAUCUCGAUUACGAAAGAGAUGCUUGAAGAAGCGAACCUCAGUGCUGAGAAGGGCUUGGAGCAUGUUACGAUCAAGGUGUGGAUUGAUCAUACGAGGAGAGGGGAUGUGGAAGUCGAGCUUGUUAGCCCGAACGGUGUGAAGAGCGUGUUGGCGCAGAAGCGGGGCAGGGACGAGGCGACGACUGGCUACCCGGGGUGGACAUUCAUGAGCGUCAAGCACUGGGGCGAAAAGCCUAUAGGGGACUGGACAAUCCGAGUUUCCGACCAGCAAACCGAUGCCGACGAGGGCUACUUCUUGGGCUGGAACAUGAUCCUCUGGGGCUCAACUAUCGACCCCUCAAAAGCAAAACUAUACGAGAUGGACGAGUUGGACCGUGUUCUACCACCUGGAAAGAGCGGGACGAUCACCCCGAUGAGACCUGUCGUUCCUUCUUCCCAUAACACCACCGACACUCCCGCUCCGCAUAAGGGCACCCCAACGAAGUUCAAAUCGCCUCCUCACGAGACCGCGAAGGCUAAGCCCAGUCCCAACCCCGUGCUACCCGCAACCUCCCAGAAAGAGGACGGGGAUGGGGAGGAGAAGAGCACUUUCCACAAAAUCAAGGACACGGCGAUCGAGCAUUCGUGGUUGAGCGGGCUGGUAUUCUUCUUGUUCGUUGGCAGUAUCAUUGGGAGUAUUGCGUUCUGCUGCUGGCGAAGGAGAAGAGGCGCAAUAAACGACCAGUACGUCCCAUUGAGUGCCGUGGAGGAGAGCGUUCCGAUGGGAGAGAUGGGAGCGGCAGCGGCUCGGGGAGGAGGACCACAGUAUCGGGAUGAGGAUGCGAACGGACAGGCGAGGGAAGGACAGAGCCAGCAACCGGCGAAUAUGACGUCUGAACAGCUGGAGCCGAGAAGCAUAGCGUCGAAAAGCGAAGCCACGAAGAUAUCCGAGCCAAGCAAAUGA